AUGCAUGAGUUACUCGAGGAUGUGACUGGUAUGACAUAUGACAAACAAGGAAAUCGAGUACUUUGGGUGACGUCACGGAAAUCAUUAGUUGUUCAAAUGAACGCUAAAACUUGGAAGAUAACCCCCUAUGUGUAUGCGAAUGGUAGUAGCAUAGAGGCGUUGAGCGUGGACCAGUGGACUGGUGAUAUUCUUCUAAUGGUUGACAACAUCUUAGUGAAAAAGACUUAUCGAUCAACUUCAACCAACAUUUGGACAAGCAGCACGAAUAUAACAACACUAACAUCAAGAGAUCCAUUUCGUGCAGCAACUAUCAUGGAUAGAACAGCAGUACCGAAGGUGGGUACGGAGGCGUGUGGCUCCAAGUCAUGCAAGCAAAUAUGUGUAAGGUCAACCAAGGAUCGUUACGAGUGCUUAUGUCCACAAGGUUAUUCCAUGAAAGGCGAACAGUGCGAAGUUUCCUCAGAAACGCUGCUAAUAGCUGGUGACAAGCUCAUCUCUGCCUCAAAUGGCACCAGUUCAGUAUUCCUUUUCCAUCCAGCAGUAGCGUACAAACCCUGGAGAAAAGUAGCAGUGGAUUACGGUAAUGAACUG